GUAUUAUUGGGUCGGAAGGGGGAAAAUCAUCGCUACCGGUUGAAAGUUUAAUUAUUAUUAUUGUUCGGUCGGGCGGCGGCUGCGAUAGUGUGUUUACUCGCUAAUAUAUAUCUCGAUGCUUAGGAUCUCCCCCCAAGUGACCAUCAUCAUCGGCGUAAAACCGGAGUGGCCCCCGGGAUUCUCGUUUUUUAUAUACUUUAUGUUAUGGUCGUGCGCCGGUCGCUCGGAGUUUCGAGAGGUGUGAAAAUUCCUGUGAAAGUGCGAGACAAUUAGGUGUUGAUCACUGGUAGCCGUGAAAAAAGUGCCGUGCAACUAAACGGCCAAGUGCCUCUUGGGCCUUUACGUGAGAUCCUAUCCGUGUGAUCCCCGGUUUGUUUGGCGACGAAUGGUUUGUUUGGGUGCUCAUUUGCAAACAGCAAAUUUGUGAUCUUCCUUUCAACGGUGCCGGGGAAUAAUCGUUUUGAUAACAAAAAUAUAGCACCUCCUUCGAGUGUCAGUGGAAAAUGUGCUGAAAAGUGUUAAAGAGUGUGAAAAAUUUGGUGACACAAUUGUCGAUUGAUUUACUGAUACACAUAUACGUGGUGAGCGCGCAUUUCUUAGUCAUCAUGCACCACUUGGAUUUCGGUGGCAGUAUCGGAAUUCGACAUUCCGACGGUGGAAUUGGUCCCGGAAUGGGCAUCGUAGGAAUGACCUCGUACGAUUCCUUGCAUGGGAUCGGGUCGGUCAUCGGCCCUGCCAUGGAACUAACGUCGAUUGACUUCCAACAACACCAGCAGCAGCACCAUCAUCAACAGCAACAAUCGCAACACAAUUAUGGCGCGACACCGCCGGAAUAUUGGAGUACACCGACGCCCUACAAAAAUGGAUCGACACCCAUGAAGGAAAUGGAAGCAUGUCUACAAAAUGCAAACAAGGGCCAGUACAACCCACUCGAACAGGUGGAACAACUUAGUAUUAAUUGUGAUAAAGAUAGUCUCCACAGUAGUAGCACUUUAGGUCAUAACAACAACAACAACAACUCAUUGAGUAGCAAUAAGAAUCUCACCGAGACGGAUUGCAACUCGCCUGAAAAGUCGAAUUCUUGCCCGGGCAGCAGUAUUAGUGAUGACAGUGCUGGAAAGACUAGUCCAAGGGGAAAUUCGGAACCAGGCGCCACCAAAUCGUCCGGCGGGGUGACGACCCUGACCAAUGUCAGUAAGAAACCGAACCAGUCCAACGUCAGCCAGUCAGUUGUUGGAUCGACCGAUAGCAGCGACACCAAACCAUAUCAUCCCACGCUAUCGGCCGUAAUGGUGAUGCUCGAAGGCAAACAUUUGUGGGACAAAUUCCACGAGCAGGGUACCGAGAUGAUUGUCACCAAAGCCGGCCGGCGGAUGUUUCCGACCUUCCAGGUGAAGGUCGUCGGACUGGAGCUGACCGCCGAGUAUCUGAUGAUAAUGGACUUUGUACCGCUGGAUGAUAAGCGCUAUCGCUAUGCGUUUCAUACCUCCAGUUGGGUAGUGGCCGGAAAAGCCGAUCCCAUCUCUCCGCCACGGAUAAGUGUCCACCCGGACUCACCGGCAACCGGAGCCACCUGGAUGAAACAGACCAUCUCGUUCGAUAAACUCAAACUCACCAACAAUCAGCUGGAUGAUAAUGGCCAUAUAAUUCUCAACUCGAUGCAUCGGUAUCAGCCGCGGCUCCAUGUCUGCCACUACUCCCGGGCCGGUUCAGUCAAGGACGAGAAAGACACCCUCACGCAUCGGACGUUCGUGUUUCCGGAAACAUCCUUCACCGCCGUUACGGCAUAUCAGAAUCAGCGGGUCACACAAUUAAAAAUAGUGAGCAAUCCAUUCGCCAAAGGAUUUCGAGACAACGAAACCAAUGAAGAUUCACAAGACCGAAUCUCCUCUAUGAACGAGCAGCGUAUAAAAAGUGACCGAGGCGGAAAUUACAAGAAAGACAUCGAGGCAACAGAUCCUUCAACGAUGACGACGACUUCACUGAUGGCUGGCGGUCCAUCUAUAUCACCCAGCUCUACCGGGAGUAACGGUGAAAACUCCGGGGCUCCAGCUAUGCUCGGAAUUAAUCACUCAACUGCUGCCGGCGGUUUCACCGGAACCGGUGUUUUCCAGUCGUCACCCUUGAUCAGCCCUUCGACUGGCCUGUCGCCAUACAGUCUUGGCAGUCCUCAUCACCACAGCAAUUCGUCAAUGCUGAGCCAACCGUAUGGGACGGAAGCGAGCGGUUUUGGGCCAAUUUAUCAUCACCACCAUCAUCAUCAUCACCAUGGCCAUGGAGCGCUCCACUCUGCCCAUCAUCCCGGAUCGUACGUCAGCUCAUUCGAUAAAUAUGAAAAGUACAAAAUGGCACCAACGACCCCACCACACCAUUCUAGUCACUCGGUAACGGCGGCUGCCACGGCUUAUGCCGGACACUAUCAGGGAUUUUACGGAUCCAGUCCGUCGACUGCGACCAGCCACCAUCAGCUGAUGAGGCAGAACAAUUCCUGCAUCGAUUAUGUGCAGAGAUAAUUGGUCGCAGCUCAAUUUUUAAAUACCAAAUGUUCUCAAAGUGAAACCAAAGAUUGUAAAUAUAAGUUAGCUACCAGUAGAAGAUAUUUAUUUUUA